AUGGAUAAUUCCAAAAGAGGCUAUUUACCAAUUGACACUGGAAUUUCUCUCAAUAAAGAUGAUAGCAAGUCUAUUUCUGGUUAUGUAUUCACCUUAAAUGAUGGUGCAGUCAGUUGGAAAAGUUCCAAACAAGCUACAGUAGCUUAUUCAUUGACUGAAGCAGAAUAUAUAGCAGCUAAGGAAGCUGUAUCGAUGAAAAAGUUCUUAACUGAACUUGGUGUGGUUCCUUCAAUAGAGGGUGCAGUUCCAUUGUUGUGUGACAAUAUUGGAGCCAUUGCUCAAUUUUCAAGUGUUAAUACUUCCAUUAUCUUCCACCUUUUAUUCUUUUGCAGCUGCCUUCCUUGUGGGCAUAUAUAUGGUUUGUCAUGUAUCAAGAAGUGGUUGCAACAAAAAGGAAGUUUAGGAAAGUGCCCUCAAUGUAAUAAGAAAUGCACAUUGAAGGGUGUCCGAGUGCUUUAUGCUUCUCGUCUUCAUGCUGUUGAUGAAGAGCUUCAAAAGAAAAUCCGGUCCCUUGAAUCUAAACGUUUUUCUCUUGAAAAAGAGUGCAGUGAUUGGUGUAAGAAAGAAGUUGAGUGGAGGAGGAGAGAAGCUGAGUUGCAUAAGCAAGUGGAGCACCUCAAAGAGAGAAUAACUUGUGUAGAGGGCUCGCUAAGUGAGAUGCAGAGCAGGUCAUCUGGACACAUUUUUGGAAGCAAUAUUGACUCCAAAUUGGGAAGACGUGAAUAUGCGAAUGCUUUUGUUUUACAGAAAGAAUUUCAGAUUGAUGGUGCUCGCCUAUUUGAUGUGGAUAGCAACGGUGAGAAUUUGAUGAUUGCUAGAAGGCUCGCUGGAAUGGGAGGACAGCAUAUGCUUACGAAAAUCAGCCUAUUACCUCCGCAUGAAAGAGAAGACAUUCUGCUUCCUGCGAGCAUGAAAACUAUCAAGGACUUGCAUGUUUCUCCUCAUGAAAGGGUCAUACUCUUGGCUUCCUUAGGGAAGAAGUUGUCAGUUCUUAGUGCUGAAAACAACCAUACUGUUCUGACAUACGACUUACCGACUGUUCCUUGGUCAUGUUCGUGGGAUCCCAACAAUUCGCAUUACAUGUAUGCCGGAUUACAGAAUGGUAUGGUUUUGCAGUUUGAUGGACGUCAAACUACGAGGCCAGUGGAAUGUAUGACUGGGUUGACAGGCAAUCCUAUUCAUACUGUGUGCUCUCUUUCAGCUGAUCCUACACUUAGUGCCGGCGUCAGAAGUGUUCUUUCUGCAUCUUCAGUAGGCUUGUGCCACUGGAACUUCGGUAGCGGUGAAGAAAGGCCGUGCUUGGUUCCUGAAUCAGAGAAUCAAGGAAUCUGUAUAUCUCUCGCUUGUGGAGAUAGAAAUGAUGACAUAGUUGCCUCUUUCCGUCCUAAACUGGAGACCAUUGGUGACAUGGCUGCUUCUCAAGUACCGCUUACUCCUCCAGUAACGGAGCAAGCGGUGGAGGGUUCUCAUGUUCUUUACAGGAGAGUGGGUAGCAGAUACCAGAAGUUAGGAGCUUCUUGUGCCAAAGUGAGUGGCAUUCGACUUCCAAAAUCUGCUAUAAUAGAUAGAGGGAAUCAGAACCCCUUGUUUGCUUCUGGUGAUGAAGCAACAAUGGAACUGGUGUUACAAGAAUUGCCAUCUUUAAAUGUGGCUCAGCGUGUUAAAUCUCUCAACGGUCCUAUUCGUGAUGUGAGGUAUACACGCCUCCUAAAUACAGGAUUGCUUGGUUGUUUGAGUGACGAUAACUUGCAGAUUUGCUCAACCAAGCUUCAAUGAAGUAAGGUGGCUUCAGAUGACUCCUUAAAUCACAAGUAUGUUAUAUGCUUCAUGCGACUUUGACAUUUCGACGGUAUAGUAUAGCAUCUUUGUUUGUAGAAAUAGGUAAGAGUGUAGAAAUAGCAUCCUUUUUGUAGCUUUAGGACCCAGCUGAGAGUUGGGGUCAAAGCUUAAGCAGGCUGUUGAAAAAGUUAUUUAAUAAAGAGUUUAAGUUCUAUGUGUUAUUUACGACAUCAAGUAAAAUUGACUUGCAACAACAAGUAAACCUUCUUAUCAAGUUUGAUAUAGUAUAAAGAACUUGUUAUAACCGGUUAAAUUGGAUUGAUAA